ACUUACAAAUCGUGUAAAACAAUUUGUGUAAAAAUACUGUUGUCUCCUAUAUGACUGACUGUGUACUUUGAUCAGAACCCGUGCAUGCACGAUAGCCGACUGAGGAUAAUUGAACUAAAGCAGCUUUUAGUUUUGGUUUCGGUUUUUCCUGACGUAGCCGUCAAUGCCUUUAUAACCGAAUUAUCUCUAGAUAUUUCAGACAAACUUCGUACAGGAUUCGUUCAGUAAACCACCAGUUCUACAGUAGUUCAUAACUUGGUUACAUAAAUAUGGCAGAAGAAAAGCGUGGAUUUGUCAAGUCUUUUUUGGACAUGUGUUUCAACGGUAUAAGCUUUGGAUGGUUGUCUACAGAAGAAGCAAGACAGAGGAAUGAACAAAACAGACCCGCUGUUGUUGUAGACGGAAUGCAGUAUAUCCUAAACACAAAACGUGAAAUUGAAAGACAGAAUGUUGAGAAGGAAAAAGGAGUCGAAAAACUUGGAAAAUCGAUGAAAGAUUACGUACAUCAGUUAUUUGAUGAGAAAAAUGCGUCAACUGUUGUACUGGUUUUCGACAACUACGGUGAAAGAAAAGGGGUGCCCAAAAUGAAACAUCACAGUACUAAGGAAAAAUAUUCCAUGCGACAGUUUAUUGGUGAAAUAUGUGAAGUGCUUAUCGACGACUUGCAAAACGAACUUGAUUCGGAGCAAACUUUCACAUGUGUUGGUCAUUUUGACAAAGAGGGUAUAGGAACGGUAACGCAAGUUUCAUCGGGUGGUGUUCGUAACUUAGAAAACGUGAGACACGACGAGGCCGAUACGAUUAUGUGGAACGUGGCCGCGAAGCUACCGGAACAGCAUGUCAUUCUGCAGUCACCCGAUUCGGACAUGGUGAUGAUUGGACUUGGAUUAAUGGAAUAUUUUUCAAACAAAAUCAUUUCUAUGGAACUCGAGAACUCGAAUAUCAAUGUAAUCGACGGUAAAACUUUAGUUAAAUUUACUAAAGAAUUACCUGUCUUACAGUCGUUUACAGACGACGAACGUAUUGAAUUUAUACAAAUAAUGUAUGUUAUAACUGGUUGCGACUAUAUUCAAUAUUAUUUUGAUAUGGAUAAAAAAUUCUUUCUAGAGUGGCUAAAAUGCAUACCAAAAAAUCUUUAUUGUGAUAACUUAAUGACGUUUACUUACAAUUUAAUUGUUACUGCAAUCGUUAGCAGACAGGUUGGAAAGGAAAACGUGUUAAAUGUACUGAAAAAUAAACAAGAAGUUUUAAAUUUAAAUAUACCUCUUGAUACCGAGGUAUUAUUUAGUGAAUUGAAAAAUAAUGUCAAGAUGAAAAGAUUUCUAGAGAAGAUCGAUGGGAUGAAAAGUAAUGAUGAUUUUUUAUAUGAAAAUUUCGAAUCGAGGUGGCGUCUUACUGAAAAAACCUUAAAAAUGUGGAAUAACUCUCUGAGCAAUGAAUUACCGGAAACGUUCGAUAUAUGUAUUAAUAACUUAAAUACAGAAAGAACGCAUUAGGCGAUCUUCUAAUGAAUUUAUUAUUAUAAAAAUUAUUCAUACAUAAUUAAUUAGCCUUUAAAAAAGUCAAUAAAUAAAUAAAUAUAUAUAUAUAUGUAUGACUAUUUCAACCUCGAUAGAAUUUUGUAACAUAAAAUUAUGCAAUUUUGCUCGAAUUGAUACAAUAGGAGAAGUGAUGAGUAAGGCCUGAAUUUGAAAUGUGAUGCACAGAGAUGUUAAUAAGGCAAUAAAAAUUAUAUCAUUUAAA